AUGGGCUCUGCUAGCUUGGAAAAAGGAUUUGUCUUCCUCCUGGAGACUGGAGCUGGGAUCCUGGGAAACUCCUCCCUCCUUUGUCUUUAUAAUUUCUCUUGGCUCACUGGACACAAGCUGAAACCCAUAGACUUGAUUCUCAACCAGCUGGUCUUCGCCAACAACCUGGUUCUUUAUUCCAAGGGGAUACCUCACACAAUGGCAGCUUUUGGGUUAAAAUAUUUUUUGGAUGAUGUGGGAUGUAAACUUGUCUUCUAUUUACACAGAGUGGCCAGAGGGGUGUCCCUUGGCACUGCCUGCCUCCUCAGUGGCUUCCAGGCCAUUAAACUUUAUUCCAGAACCUAUAGGUGGUUGGAGCAUAAAACGAGGUCCCCAAAGUGCAUUACUUUCUGUUGUUCCCUCUGCUGGAUUCUGCAUCUCUUAACAAAUGUCUUUAUUCCCAUGCAAGUAUUUGGGCCAACAAACAGUAAAAAUGUGAGUGCAAAAACACAUUUUGGAUAUUGUUUUUCACUCAGGUCAGACAGACUUAUAGUCCUACUUCUUGGAGUUGUGUUAUCUUCCUUUGAUGUUAUAUGUUUGGUUCUCAUGAUGUGGACUAGUGGCUCCAUGGUCUUUUUCCUGAUUAGGCACAAGCAGCGAGUCCAACACAUUCACAGCAACCUGUUUCCCCACAGACCGUCCCACGAAGUCAGAGCCACGCGCAUCAUUCUGAUCCUGGUGAGCAGCUUUGUCACCUUUUACUCUCUUUCUUCCAUUUCAACUCUUUACAUUAUUCUUACUGUGUCACCAAGCCAGUGGCUGGUGGACAUCCCUGUGUUCCUGGACUCAUGCUUUCCAACGUUUAGUCCCUUUUUGCUUAUUAUCAGUAACAUCCAUAGCUCUCAACUCGUUUUAAAUUUCUGGGCCAAAAUUUCAUGUAAAGCCAAUCUGGUUAAAAACCUAUAA